AACAGGACGGGAACGUGGAGUUUAGGAUUGAGAGAAUGAAAAAAAAGACGAAGUAGAUAAAAUGGAGUGUUUGAAUCCGUCUUCCUGUCCCAACAGAAGAGAAAACAUUUCUAUUAAGUGAUGAAGACAGCUAGAGGGAGGCUUUCCGCUCAACAUGCAGACAGAUGUGGAGGCUGCAGCUGCUCUCAUCGUUCAAAGUAGCUGGAAAGGUCAGCCUUGAGUAAGACAACAACAGCAUGCCACCUGAACAACCUGUCCACCUUUGACCUUCUUUCUGCAAUGAGCUCUCUCAACUUGGUGAAGAUGUAGUCUUGACCUGCAUGGAGAUGUCUCUAAACAACGUCUCCUCUAUCUGGUCACAUUGGUUGCUGUUAUUCCUGACCCAAGUCACCCUGACAACCAACUCGGCCCCCCGAUCUGAAACUUCCCUUCCGCUCAAUACCACUUUGUUGUUCAACAGUGGUGCCUACAACCUGCGGAAUUGCAGCUGCUACUCUCCCAUUCGGGAAUGCGAUGAGGUACUGGCCAACUCGCUGUGCAGAUGCCACACCGUUUUGCGCUCCGCUCUGCCCCCUGCCGGGCUCAGAGAGCCUGGACGACUGGCAGUGUGGGUGAAAGAGCUCUGGGUUCUGGAGGAGUUGCUGAACCGGAGCAUGGUGGGCCAUUUGCUCUUGUCUUUUUGUGGAAUGAAACCAAUAGACAGUCAGUACCUGGUUCUGCUAGGUCUACGGACCCUCAGGAUCCACAGCGCAGCACCAGAGGCUCCCUACCCGAGCCAGGAAAUGAUCAUCUCCCCAGCAUCGGGGGUGGCAGUGGAGCUGGAGGCUUUGUACUUUGACUUAUCCUCUUCCUUCCAUGUGACCUUUCUGGAUGUAGCAGUUCUGAAUGGGCUCUCUGUCCUAAAGGCAUACAGUGUGGUGGGACCACCUGCUCAAACACUCUCUCAACAGUUCCCACACCUGGCAGUGCCCUUUUCUCUGCCAUCUCCUGCUACUCCGGAUAACCCCACGGAUCCCAGUGAGCAGACUGCAGUGCUUCAGCAGAACCUGCUUUUUACAUUUGUGUACUAACCACAACAAGUUCUAUUCACAGGCAUGGUGAGGUUUGUAGUACAAGUCACUAUUGAUGUACACAGAAAUUCUGCAAAUCAUUAGUCCCUUGAUGGAUGGGUUUUGCUCUCUUUUUGCACAUGACAUGUUCGUUACAUAAUAAGUUUUUGUUUGACUAAGACCCAAAGGUGACUCGACAGGCUGACAUAUUAUCCAUCCUGAUGUAACUUAUUGACUUCAGACCUGCCACAUGUGUGCUCUUGCUGCUUUUCGUUUAUCACUUAAGGGCUCAAAAUGGCUGCACUCUACAUUACUCUACAUGUCAUGUAGCUGACGCUUUAAUCCAAAGCGGGUUUCAAUAAGUACAUUUCAACCAUAAGGAUACAAACCCAGAAGAAUAAGAAAUAAGAAAGUGCAAUUUGAUUAAAUAAGGCGAUUUACAACGUGCUAUAGAUAAGAGCCAUUAUAAGUACCAUUCAAGUGCUAUAAUUUGUUUUGUAUUUUUUAGUCAUGGUGUAGUCUGAAGAGCACUCACAACAUGUCAUUUUAACACCAGCUACAUUUGCAAGUCUUCGUACAGCAUAUUGAAGUUACCCUCCCAUAACAUAAGCAGUGUUUAUUUACCAACUCGGAAGCUGUAAUGACACCGGUUCCUACUUCACAUAUAAUCUGCUCCAGUCAGUCGGAGAUGCUUUGCUUGUGUUGAUUUCCUGGCUCUGUGGCACAGACUUCAACACCACGAUACACUGUGUAUUUACAUGCAUGAAUAUCAUCUCAUAGCCCUGUGAUAGCUAAAUCUAGUUAUAUUAUGUAUUUUACAUACUUUGCAAAUUCUGAUUGUUGCUACCACUUAAUGGAGACAUAUGAAGCUAAUUUUAACACUCAUACUUGGAUUUACGGUUUCAACCUUAACACGGUCACAUGCUUUAAUGUUAAAAAACGUUUUUCUCGUAUUGUCUGUGUUCACCUUGUGUCCCCUUUAAGAGACCCAACAAUGUAAUUCAAUAAAUCACUUCACGAAGGGAAUGAAAGCAGUACCCAACGGCUAUAUAAAUGUUUCACAAAUGAUCUGCUAAUCUGAACUCAACUUCCACAUUUUGAAUAUUCUUUUUCUUUCAUUUUCUAACAACAGUUUGAACCUCAGCCAAUUGACAGCCCUAGUAGAGCAGGUAGAAGUCUUACAUAAGAGCAAAUUUUGUUGCUAGAUUGUGAAAAUACCAUGUCCUUAUCCUUUGUGUUGCAGUUAUAAAUGCUGAUAAUCCAUUAAUUAAUUGUUAUUGGUUCUUACUUUCUAAUAAGUGUUAGUAAAUGCUUUAUUAACCAUUAUAAAACCACAUGUUACAUUUCAUGAACUGCUUAGAAGGGACCAUCUAUUAAGAAGUAAAGAAUAAAUGCCAAUGUUCCUCCAA